AUGGCUCACUUUCGACACGAGCCGGACCGCAAGCUGUAUUGGAAUCGAGAGCACUACUGGCUGCGCGCAGAUUAUCACGCUCAAGAAGCGGUGCGCAUCUACCUUCUCAAUUUGAGGGAUACGCCAGGCGUAGGGGCUGCGCCCGGUAUUUUUGCCGCUCAAAUCGCCGACCAACUUCAGCAAGAUGCUGCAAAAGAACUGUACCGAGCCUUUCAAAACUUGACGCUAGACGUCAAUUCAUUCUGGGCAGUUCUCGUCCGCUUCGGGGUCUGGGCGUUCCUAGCGCUGCUAGGCGGAUGCAUGGCUGCAUUCGUCGCGGGCGGCCCAAUUGUUGGGAGCUUUGGGGCUGGUACAAUCGUUUUCGUAUGCGGAUUAACUCUGGCCUGGAAAUUUGCUGGCUUUUUGUCGCGCGAGCCUGACUUGGUUUUGAGGAUGCAAGCUUUGAUCAGGGAGCAAUCUAGAGAGUAUGACGAGGUCAAAUUCGAGGACGAGGAAACAGCGGAUAAAGCCAGUGAAGACGAUCCUAAAUGGCAAAAUCUUGAUCGUCUCUUUGACAGGUCUUGCGUGAGUCUUUGCUGCCUUAUCGCCGGCAAUGUAUGUGUGAACACGGGCUGACGAGGGUGUAGCUCAGUGCGACUUGGCCGUGCUUUACUUCCAGGCUGCCGCUCGCAAGUUGGUGCGGCAGCAUCCCAACAUUGAUCGAGAUGCAUUGGUCACGACCUUUCGGGAGCAUGCGCGCGAAGUUUUCGUCACGUAG